CACGGAGCAGACGGAGCAGCCGUCUGAUGGCUUGAAAACGGGGAAUAAGUGAGGAUCACGGCGGAUUUAUUGCACCGCACAAGCCAAGGGGCGCGAAGCGGCGGUUUUCGCAGGCAGAGGACUGGAUGCUGAUACGGAUGAGGAUAUCGCGUUCUUUGAGCGAGGCUGGUGCCUGUUGGUAGCGGUUUGCACGACCCGGGCACAGACAACACAGACAGACAGAAAGAAGUACGAGAGCCGCCGCGGCACCAGCGAGCGAACUUGGCUUCUCUGCCCGGUGGGAGGUGUCUGUCUGCCUGCUGCGGUUCGCUGCACGUUCCGCUCGCGGCGUCGCGUUCCCGGACCGUUUAAGAAGGAUAAGGCUGUAGCUAAGUCAUGUUUUUGUAAAUAGCGUCUUUUUCGGGGUUUUCAGCAACCAACUGUGGCUUUAAUGUGACGCACUAUACUGACAUUUGUGCUAUGUGUCGGAUCGGAUCCCUACUGCAGAGGAGUUAAAGGCUUUUUAAGCAAGUUUUUUUCCCUUUAUUACAUAUAUCUUCAUUUUUCUACGGUGCCAGUAAAGCCCACACGGAUGUAACAGCGAAAACAACAGAAGCAGACCGAGCUGGGCCAGGCUAGGCCAGGCUAGGCCUACCUAGCCUUCUGUCUGGCCUUACCAGGCAGGCCAGCAACCUCUCCAAGGAGUCCUGCCUUCACUGAGCAGAGGAGGCUUCAGCCUGUUCUUACAAAAAUUCACCACACCUCAAAGUCAAGCUGUAGCAGAUUGGAUUCGAACAAUAUUUUGUCUUAUCAGCCUUUGGGAGGCCAUACUGGUCUGUUAGAUCUCCAAUUCUUCCAUGUUGUGGUGGUUGCUCUCUGAAUGUUGGCAGCAGGAUGGGUUCGGGUGUUAAUUUGAAGGGUGUCACCUCAUUGCAGUGCUUGCACUCCCCCUCCUGUGACUGCCUUUCGUCCCUUCCCUCCCCAGUCUUUAAGAGAAAGCCCCAUCGCCUCUCCUGGGGCUUCCGCGUGCCCUAUACAGAAGGGCCUUGCAGGAACUUUAAGUUGUUUUGUUGAAACAAGUUGACAUUGCAAAGAGAAAGAAGAGUUAAUAAAUCCUUGCUAAAAAACUAACACAGCAAAGAUUGCUACAGCCAGUUGAUUUUACUGAUUUAUUUUCUGUAACCGUCCACUUGCUUUUCCUCAAGUUUGAUCAGAAGUUGGAGAGUUUUUCAUCUGAAAAAGGAGCUUGCUGGUCAAGAUUUACACCUACAAUCAGUUUACACUUAAAAAAAUUCUUAUUUAUACAUAUAGAAUUUCUCUUUUGUGCUCUGAGCCUCGGGGAGAAAUGUCUGAAAGCAAUAGCAGCGGUAAAGCAGUGAAAUUCAUUGCCCCGGCCCCCCCUCCUUCCUCUGCCUCUCCCUGUCCAUCACCCCAGACCCCUCACAAGAAUGUGAACGGCUCUGCCAGUUCAGACUCGCACCUGGUGGAGAAGCUCGACGGAUACCCCGAGGUCCAACGCCGGCGUCACACAAUGGAUAGAGACUCUAAAACAGCCGAACACCGCUUCUUCCGUCGCAGUGUCAUUUGUGACUCCAAUGCCACAGCUUUGGACCUGCCCAGCAAAGGAGCUGUGAUACUCACCUCACCUCCAGACUGUGAAGGGCCUCCCCCCUUCGGCACUCCACAGCCCUCAGGGCCUGGACCUGGGGUGCAAGAUGCUGAGGAGGGGGAGGCCCCAAGAGGCUCUUAUUUGCAGAGUACGACCCUUCAGCCUUGUCUUGGGCUUAGUGGUGCAAUUGCAGCGGGGCACGUACACAGCGUUGGGGGAGAUUUGGGUGCAGGCAGUAUCACGGCUGCCAUUCCCACCAGUAGCAGUGUUGAACAUAGUGGAGAUGGGGCAGUAAAUGAGCCCAGCCCGACAGUAUUGGAUGUUACAGAUAAAACGGUAGGCAAACAGCCUGACGUCACUUUGCGUCCCAGAGGGUCUGAGAACACACAACAGGUGGCAAAAAAUGGAAAAGUCAUGGAACAUGUGGAUGACGUUAGCGUUACUAGUCCGGUCGAGGAGAAAGAGAGGGAGACAGAGGAGGAGAAGGGUCUAGCAAAAGCACGAGCAGAGCAGAGAGAAGCUGAGAAACGAGUGCAAGAGGAUAUAGAGGAGGUAGAGACAAAAGCGGUUGGGACUUCACCUGAUGGACGCUUUCUGAAAUUUGACAUAGAGAUUGGAAGAGGGUCCUUUAAGACUGUGUACAAGGGGCUGGAUACAGAGACUACUGUGGAAGUGGCAUGGUGUGAACUCCAGGAUCGUAAGCUGUCCAAGUCCGAGCGACAGCGCUUCAAAGAGGAGGCCGGGAUGUUGAAGGGUCUCCAGCAUCCUAACAUUGUCCGCUUCUAUGACUCGUGGGAGGGACCAUGCAAAGGAAAGAAAUGUAUUGUUCUGGUCACUGAGCUCAUGACAUCUGGCACGCUUAAAACCUACCUGAAGCGUUUCAAGGUGAUGAAAAUCAAGGUUCUGCGUUCGUGGUGCAGACAGAUCCUCAAAGGCCUUCACUUCCUGCACACCCGAGCUCCACCCAUCAUUCACAGAGACCUGAAGUGCGAUAACAUCUUCAUCACGGGGCCCACGGGCUCAGUCAAGAUAGGAGACCUGGGUUUAGCCACAUUAAAGAGGGCCUCCUUUGCUAAGAGUGUCAUAGGUACCCCAGAGUUUAUGGCUCCAGAGAUGUAUGAGGAGAAGUACGAUGAAUCUGUAGACGUCUAUGCCUUCGGGAUGUGUAUGCUGGAGAUGGCUACCUCAGAGUAUCCCUACUCUGAAUGCCAAAAUGCUGCCCAGAUCUACAGGCGGGUUACUAGUGGAGUGAAGCCUGGCAGUUUUGACAAGGUAGCCAUUCCUGAGGUGAAGGAAAUUAUAGACGGUUGCAUCAGAACAAACAAGGAUGAGAGGUAUGCCAUAAAGAUCCUGUUGAACCAUGCAUUCUUCCAGGAAGAGACAGGGGUCAGGGUUGAACUGGCAGAAGAGGAUGAUGGGGAAAUGAUCGCCAUCAAGCUUUGGCUCAGGAUAGAAGACGUCAAAAAGCUCAAAGGCAAAUACAAAGACAACGAAGCCAUCGAGUUCUCUUUUGACCUGAACAAGGAUGUCCCUGAAGAUGUGGCCCAGGAAAUGGUUGAGUCUGGCUACGUUGCAGAGGGUGACCAUAAGACCAUGGCCAAGGCCAUCAAGGACCGUGUGUCUCUGAUCCGUAGGAAGAGAGAGCAAAGGCAGCUGGUACGGGAGGAGCAAGAGAAGAGAAAACUAGAGGCGGAACAACAGCUACAACAACAACAACAACACCAGCAGCAUCAACAAGAAACUCUCAAAACUUCACACACACAGGCAGAGGCAGAAGAGACCGAAGUGGAGCAGCAGCAGCUUCAUUAUCAGCAGAGCGGCAUUUCACACACAUCUGAAGGAGGCGUGGACAGCGGCCAGGGUUCCUCUGUUUUCUCUUCAGACUCCCCCCACCUCGGUCAGCUGACCAUGUCCUACAGCUGCCCCCCUUCCACCCAGCCUCCUUCCCAGCCCCCUUCCCAGCCCCAGACCCCCUAUCCUUCCACCCCCUCUGCUACCACGCAGCAGCACCCAGGCUACGCCCAGCCGCCACAGCCAAUGUCUGUGUCACGCCGUCGUCGAAGUCGUAGCAUGUCCAUUUGCGUCCCCCCCUCCUCCUACUCCUUUUCCCAUGCUCCUCCGCCUCUGGCAGUUCCAAAGAAACCCUCCACCCCUCCUCCAGAUCUGUCCUCCUCAUCCUCCUACAUCACCACCUCCCCCUACAUGCCUCUCGCUGUCGAGAGGGAUACUUUUGCUGGGCGCCUCUCCAAGGCCCUGGAGACAGUCCUACCCCGUCACUCUGCCUCCCCUCUGCCCAGGGCCAGGCAGCGGAGGGCCAGUCUACCUGCCCUGUUCUCCACCCCUCAGCAUUCAAUGCCGCACCCCUACAGCGGAGGAACAAGCGCAGGAGGAGGAGCAGGAGGGAGCAUUCCCCUCCCAACUCUUCCCGACCCCCCUACUAUUUUCUUCCCUUCCAUCCCCGAGCGCCCCAUUUCUUUUUCGCCUCCACCCACUGGGCCUCCAAAGGCCUACAACACCCAGCGACGCAAAAGCACGUCCAUUCUCGAGGCACAUACCCGACACUUCCAGCCUGCCUACCCUCGCUAUGGGAGCAGCCUGCACCCCUUUUCUGGGAUAGAGGGUGUUGAGACCCCCUCUCUGUUUAUGGUAAAUCCUGGUUUUGCAGCAGCUGCUCAAAGACUUGGUGUCGGGGAGCCACUUCAUCUCCCAGGACAAUCGGACCCGAGUUUGUUCGGCUAUAAAGACAUGAGAGCAGAGCAUGAAGAAGCAGUGAGGAGAUUAAGUCUAAAUCAAGCUGCCUUAUUGGAUCAUUAUGAAGCAAUGGCGUAUGGAGGAUACCCAAUGACUGCACACCAGCUUGGUCACUUGAGUUUCCAUCAGCAGAGGCAAGCAGCGGCUGCUGCUGCUGCUAGUUUGGGUUUUGAUCCUGGUCCUCCACCUCAGCCAGGGUUCCUUCACCCUCACAUCAUGCAAAGAAUGAGUGCACACAGUCCAAUCCCGCCACCCUUACCUCCCAUGAGUGCAUCCACUGGUGGUUCUGUUUCUUCUUCAUCAUCUGAGGGCUGCUAUCCUCCACCACAGCAUGCUUCGCCGUCUGCUUUCCCUAUUUCUGCACCUCCAGUCAUGGCUGAUGCCCCACCACCUACUGGAAGUGUUUUUGAGUUCCAUUUAGCUGCAGCUGCAGCUGCUGCAGCUGCAGCAGCCGCAGGGGACCCAAGCCUCCUGGCAUCCAGACUUUACCGGGCUCGAAGAAGCUCCAUGGAUCUCCCUCUGGAAGAUAACACUGGAACUGGAUCAGGUGGUUCAGGCACGUACAGCCGUCUCCAGCCAGUGACGGAAGAGCUGUACUCUUACAUCAGUCCUGAGCUCCCCUUACCCCCAGGAAGCCUUCUUCUUCACCACACAGGUGUAACCACAAAGGACAGAAGCCCAGAACCUUCAAGUGACUCUUUGGCCUCCUCUGACGCAGGAGAGUUCCAGUCACCUCCUCCCCCACCUCUCCUCCCCCCAUUUGACUCCUCAGCCGCUCAGUCCAUCCCUCACUCAUCCUCCACUGCACUCUACGAUUCAUCCGGGGGAGUGCUCCCCAUAGAUCCCCAGGGACAUCCACCCUCCAUGCAGACCUUUCUCCCUCCCACCCCAUCCUCCGAGCUCCAGCUUGGGGGAGUGUCAUCAACUCAUCUGGAGUCUCUGAUCCAGAGCGCCUGGGCCCGGCAUGGAGGGGUGGUACCAGCCCAACCCGAUAUGACAUACCAUGAGUCAUUGCUGGCCAUGCAGGCCGCAAACCCCGCUCUGCAGAUUCAGGCUCCGACCCCUCAGCCCACUCCAGGACCCCCCCUAGUCCCUUCCACCUCCCAGCCAGCUCCCUCUGGGACCUCCCAACAAGUCGUUUCAUCCAGUCAGAGUAGUACAUCAAUCCAGAGCCCCACACACACAACUCUGCCGCAGGCUUCUGCACAGCCCAGUGUAACUCCGUCUACCUCUACCGUUUCCUUGGUGACACACCCUUCUCCUUCGCCAUCCCUCCCUAUUACCAUGCCGACAGCGGUCGUGGCUUCCCCACCUUCUCCUCUGCCACUCCCUGUUGGGGUGGUGCCUGCUAUUGUUUCCCCUCCUCCUCCUGUGCCCACACCUGUGCCUCAGCCAUUGGCCACCGUGGUGCCAAUCAUCAGUGUAGUCACCGCCCCGCCUGAUACUCCCAUGGAAGCCCCUCCCCAGUCUGCCUCUCAGUCUUCAGAGCUGUCCCAGUCCCAGCUACAGCCACCUCAAGUUCUCUCAUCUAUAGAGAGUGGCCACUCUGAGACUUCAGGUCUGAGUGACGGCAACGAGGGAGGAGGGGGAGGUCGUCAUGAAGGGCGCUCCACCAAGCGCCAUCAGAGACGUUCUGUACGCAGUCGAUCACGCCACGAGAAGAUCUCCAAGGCGAAACUCAAUGUUCUCAAUAUCUCUAACCGAGGGGACAGGGUAGCAGAGUGUCAGCUUGAGACCCACAACAGAAAGAUGGUGACCUUCAGGUUUGACCUGGACGGCGACAACCCUGAGGAGAUCGCUCAGAUCAUGGUCCAGAGUGAGUUUAUUCUGGAGAGUGAGAGGGAGUCGUUCAUCGAGCAGGUCAGGGAGGUGAUAGAGAAUGCUGAUGAGAAGGGUCUGGAAAGAGACUCAAACAGCCAGAUGACAGGUGACAUGGAGCAGCAGAUUCCUGUUAUAUCUGUCCCCAUGCCAGACAUCCCUCCCAGUGCAACAGCACAAGUGGUCCAUUCAGCAGGUCGGAGGUUCAUCGUUAGCCCCGUACCUGAAGCCAGGCUGAAGGAACAAAUGUUUCCCACCUCUUCUUCUCCAGUACCUCCACCUCCUCAUGAAACAGUUCCUCCAGCUUCAGCUCCAUCUCAGACUCCAGGCCAAGGUUUGGGGUUGUCCCAGUCUGCAGGAGCAAUCAGCUUACAACAAGCCUUCUCUGAACUCAGACAGAACCAGAAUCAAUUUGAUGCAGGACCUAGCACGGCCCCAGCCUCCAUCCUCCCCACCCAUCCUCCUUUACAGCCUGCAGCUGUCCCUGUCCCUUCACAUGCUAGCAUUGUCCCUCCUACUGUUGAUGCUACUGCUGGGGUUGUCCCUUCUAAUUUAAACAAGGCACAGGAGCCGGUCUUGGAUGCUCCUCUUCCUCCCCCUUCCUCAUCCUCCACCCCCUCCUCUGUGCCCACUGUCUGUCUCAGUCCUCCUUGUUCCUCCUCUCCUCCUCCUACUGUGGUGAAUCAGUCCGUCCUUCAGUCGCAGGUACUUUCACAGCCAGGGAUGCAGGCUGUUUCCCAACCCCAGGGACAAGCACAAAUUCAGCCCCAGGCUUUCACCCUGCCUCAGUCCCAAACGUUUUCUGCUGUCGUUACUACGUCACUACCUUCCACUUUACCACCGGCAAGCAUUUCCAGCAUCGCCCCAACAAUGCUCACCUCCCCUCCACCUGCCCAGACUGCUCCCCUUGUAUCCUCCCCUCCAUCCUCCACCCUUACAGCCAAUGAAGUCUCCUCCAGUCAUCCAUCAGUCUCUUCCACCUCGUCCUCUACUCCUUGCCUCUCCUCCUCUGUUAUCCCCACUACUACCAUCCCAGGCGCCCAGCUUGCUCCCUCUGCCGCCUCCCAUCCAACCCCCCCUCCUUCCUCAUCCUCUUCUGCGGGGCUACAGUCCGUGACCACAAAUGUUCCUUCAGUGCAGCCAACCUUGGUCCACUCUCAGCCACAGACAACAGCCCUGCCUGGGCAGACGCAUGCACACUGUGGGGAAUGUGAUACAAGGAGUGAGGCCUUGGGUGAGGCCCUAGGCAAACCGGACGACAUCCAAGCUCUGGAGAAGAAGCUGCGAUCUCUCUUCAUGGACCUGGGUGGAGGAGUGUCCUCCACCCAGGGAGACAUUUUAGCUGCUGACCCUGCCUCUGGAGCCUCUGUGGCAGGUACCUCGUCCCCAGUGGGGCCCAGCUCUACCUCCACCACAUCUGUUACCACACCUGGCUCAAGCCUGCCAGUCAAUCCUCCUCAGCCCCCCUCCAGCCUCGCGCUGGGGUCACCUGCUCCAAUCCAGGGCCCUGGGACACCUGUUUCCACCCCUGCGCAGACUGGCAUCCCUCCCUCAUCCUUCGGCCAGACCACUCCAUCUAAAACCCCCUUAUCCAGGUUGCCGGCCAGUUCUCCUCCUUCAGAACUCCUGCCAUCCUUCCCUGGACCUUGUGUAAUACAGUCCCAGCAGCCUCUAGAGGACCUGGAUGCGCAGUUGAGGAGAGCACUGAGCCCAGAGACUGUUCCUGUCAGCACACACACACAGGGCUCUCACAGUGGCAUACCCACAGUUGGUCCACCAGUACCCUUCUCUCUGGAGGAAGAGAGAGUGUCCUCUCCUGCUCCUCCUCCUGCAGGUGGAAUUAAACUCGGAAGAUUUCAGGUCUCGCUGGCCACUGAAGAGCCUCCAGUCCAGCCCCCGGCCUGCACUGAAUCUUCCUCCACCACCUCCUCGUCUUCGUCCUCUUCCUCCUCGUCCUCCAGUCUCUCCAGCCCGGAGAACACACUGCACAAAGACUCCUCAUCUCCUCUGAGAGGGGGAGGAGGACAAGGAGGAGACAUUGUGGAUGGGCUCCCUCAAAGGACUCUGGGAGGAUCUCACCACCCCUCUCCCUUCACCUCGCCCUGCCCCUCUCCUAAGCCCACCACUACCAUCGGACGCUUCCAGGUCACCACCAACCCUGAGGCCCGUGUUGGUAGAUUCUCGGUCAGUCGUGCCCAGGAGCAGAGCCUGGAGUCCAGGCAGACCCCUCCACCCGCUGCCCAGGCUGCUAACGGACCCAGCGAUCCCGGGCAGAUUCUGACUCCAGACUCCACUCAUAAAGCCUCCCUGCCGAGUCUAAACAACAACUCCUUCAAUAACUCCUACAUCAGCAGUGACAACGACUCCGAAUUUGAGGAUGAAGACUUCAAACGUGAAGUCAGCCGCCUCAGAGAAAAGCACAUGCGUGAGAUUCAGGCCCUCCACUCCCGCCAGAAGGAGGAAAUAGACAGUCUUUUUACCAGGCUGGGAAAGGUUCCUCCGGCUGCAGUGCUCCCUCCUGUUAUAGCUCUGACUGGCAGGAGGAGACGACCUACCAAAAGCAAAUCCUCCAAAUCGUCCAGAACCAGCUCCACGCACGGCAGCAAGAGUCCAUUACAGCCAGGCAGCACUUUAUCCGCCCAGAGCGUCCCGACCAUGUACCCUGGCCAGCUGGCUCUGUUAGCCCCGGGAGGAUUAGCCGAUUCGGGCAGCAGCACUCUGCUCCAGCCCCUCAAACCUUCUCCCUCCAGUGACAACCUGUGUUCGGCCUACACCAGCGAGGCGGCGCUCUCUGUACCCAGCCUGUGUGCUCCCACCCCAGGCUGUGUAAAGUUCAGCUGGGGUUCGGAGCGUUUGGCCUUCAAGCCUGGCGGCAGGAGGACGCGCUUUCUGAGUACGCCCUGCUUGGCUCUUUGGAAGAUGGUGAAAAAAGUCUGCCCCUGCAACCAGCUCUGUAGGACUAAUAGCACCAACGCAGUGAGCGGUUCAGGUGGUUUGGGUCAGAGCCAGGGGGGUUCUCAGUGUCUGCCCCCCAACAUGUCAGCCCCCCACCAGAGGAAAGGAACCUUCACAGACGACCUCCAUAAACUGGUGGACAACUGGGCCAGAGACGCCAUGAACCUCUCACAGGGUAAGAGGAGUGCCAAACAGCUGCAGCAAGCUCCAGCACAGGGACACAGCUACGAGGUAAUCCAGUCAGCCAGUCUGGGCAGGAAGUACUCAGCUCCCAGCCAGCUGUGUCCCAGCAGCAUUGGAGGCUCUGCCCAUCUCCCCACAAACCCUGCCACUGCUACCUCUCUGGCUGUCCGCAAGGGCUCUCUGUGCCACCCCCCUGCCACCUCUACUCCACCCCAACCCCAGCCUCCUCAGUUCAUCCCCUACACCCCCACUGCCGCCUACAGCGCACAGUGGUCUGGUCCGGCUCAUGGUUUGUCAACCCCACACCAGGCUCCAGCACAGCCUGGGCCUCUGCUGGUCAGCACUUCUCAGCCCCUUGGCCCCUAUCCCACCCCACAGGGCCAAAUUCCCGGGCAGGGACCACUCCAGGCUUUCCAUCUGACUAAUGCUCUGCAGAAGUCAGUCAGCAACCCAGGAGGACCCAAUCUGAGGACCACGUAGGGCUGGGGGUGAGGGCUGGUUCGAAUCACGGCCCGAUCGGAUUGAACUGGUGCGGAUUGAAGUGUUUUGGGCUGGAUCGGCUGGAGAGGACAGAAGGACUGGAGGAGCGUGGAGCUUAAAAUGUCAGAAGCUGACCUGUCUGAGAGGAGAAAAGAAGAAAAGGGGAAGUGAGAAGAAAUCAAGAAGGAGAAAUUCAGAGUGCGAUCUGGCCAUCUCCACUUGCCUCUACUUCUAUCCAAGUGUGCGAGAAGCUGUCACACACACAAAUGCAGCCACACAAUCUUCCUGUCGGCUGUAUUGACUGUGGGCCUGUGACAGCCAGCCAAAUGCUCAAGGAUAAAGGAAAAAGACUGAUGAGUGCAAUGUUUAAAGGCCAAAGAGGUUCUGACAGGGUGUGGGACUGGUGUUAAGAACUGCUUGUGUGUACGGUGUUGUGUAUGGGCUAUUGUUGCUUGGUCACACUUGUUUCAUUUCAUGCUCUAAAUUGAGUGAACAAGUUAGUACAUGACGGGACACACACGUGUCCUUGCUAGACAGUGGUAGACAGUGGUGGGAAGAUAUAUUACUAGGUCGAAGGGGAAGAAUGUGGUGGCCAGCUUUAGCCCUUCUGUCCACACGGUAUCUCUUAAUAUAAUAUAAAAACAUGGGCAUGGCUGGUCAUCACAUUACAGUGGUCUUGCUUUAGUGUUGUCACCAUCGGACAGGUUCACAGGAGGCCGUAUCACCCUGAAAUGAAACGGUAGCAGUGUUUUUGACAGAAGUUUUCUUUGCUAAAUUUAAUGAUUACAGGGAAGGAUGUAAAUGUCAGCCGAUGAACGCUUCGAUAUCAGGUGAGAGCAGAAAAAAAAAAAAAAAAGAGAGACGUUUAGAACUGUGUCUGCAAUUAGUAUCUUAGGUUUAAUCAGUUCAGGAAGUGGUUUUUCUUCAGUAUUCAGAAGUUUUUCUUAAAGAUUAAAAGCACAAAGGAUAUCGAGAACAAAUCAAACUGCACACUGAGAAUAGGUGUAGCUCAGCACUUGGUGGAGUUGUGACUCGUCAGCUUGAGGAAAGUCGUGACAGCUACUCCACUGCUACUUUCUGUGUCCUGAUCCUCCCUAGUUCUGACAAACCAUUCGAGCAGAGAGAGAGAGAUGGAGGAAAGAAAGCAGGUGAAGAUGGAGAGCAGCAAAGAGAGUUUUUGUUUGAGGUAACAGCCAAACAACACCUCUGUUUCCUGAUCCACCGCUCACUGUAGGAACAUAUGUUGAUAAAGCGCUGAAUGGACACAACAGAUGCUUCUGCACACCAAACACCUCUUCACCAUCACGACUCCACCUCUUCCUCCAUCCCUCUCUCCGCCUCUCUGUUGCCAUUUGAAGCAAUAACAGCAGAAACCUUUUAGACGGAAAAAAAAAGCCCAAACAUGAGAGAACUCAGCAUGAAAAAGUGGCCUUGUUAUCAGAAUAAUAUCAGAGUCCCUGUACAGUUUCUGUUCUGUUUGUUCUUCAGUUUUUGUUUUUUUUUAGGAUGUCAGCUAUGAUGAUUCCAUUUCGUUGUUUUGGUUUUGUUUUGUUGAGUUUGGUUUGCUUGCUGCCCCCAGUUAGCGAUCUGACACACACAAAUACACAAAUACACACACACACGCAGUGCAUGAGACAAUAACGAUACACACACAGUCACGCACAGACUCAUGUAAAUACACACACACACACACACACACACACGGUUGGAGGCAUAGCAGCUGUUUAAAGGACAUAGACUCAUAGACUAAUGUCUCAGUUCUUAGUGUCAUCAUUAAGCUGGUUUCAACAUUUGGGUUGAAAUGAUUGCAAUGUACAUUAUUAUCAUCAUUAUUGUUGUUAAUGAUUAUUAUUCUAUUUAAAAAGAAACAAACAAAAAUGUGUUCUGUCGAUGGACCUGUUACACACUCACAUCGAUGCACGAUGUGGAAACACUGUGAUUAUUGUUGUUUAUUAUUAGCAAAUGUUGUUGGACGACAUUAGUUUUAGGGUGAAAUGUCACAAAUAAAAACAAAAAAACAAACAAAAAAAAAAACGAGCAUACAGAGAACGGUUUGGGGUCCUUUCACUUUCAAUUCACUGCUUUCUGCAAAUGGAUUCUCAUCGAAAUGUGAAAAUUGAAAACCCCUCUUUUCAGUAAACGUCCUUGCGUCCAUUUACUAAGGACAUACUUCAAAACAAAUGCCUUACCAACAACUAAUCAACUGCAGUUCCAGUUCAUCUUUAUAACUGAUUGAAUUGAAAGUUGAAACUGACCUCCAGGCCCGAUUUAUAAAGAAAAACCAGAGUGAACGGCAGGAUAGUUGAUAUUUAGAUAAUAAAGUAAUGCUAGCUAUUUUUUUUCUUAAUACAGUACUUAUAUAUCAGACACUUUAAAUAGCCCUCCUCUUCCCUUUCUCCCCUGGUUUUGUUAGAUGAAUGUGAAUGUAUAAACCAAUGGUGUCCAUUUUAAUGUACUUGAAAAAAAAAAAGUCUGUCUUUUAUUUUCUCUUUUGUUUCCCCUGACCCCCCCUUCCCCUGAUCCUCCGGUGACUACUGGAGGUAUUUACUAGUGCCUUGCAUCCUUCUUGUUGCUUCUUUGUCGGGGGGUCAAGGAUUUGGGUUAAAGUAAGCACAGUGUGUGUGAACAGUUCUGGGGUGUCACUUUGAAGUCAGCGGUGAUGGUUGGACCUGGUUAGUGGAGCUGGGGUGCAGUAGUAAUGGCUGCUGGUGUUAGCUGUGUGCUCUGCAGCUGGUUUGUGGUUAAUUCUCUUUGAGUGGAAUUUCUUCAAAAUGCAAAAAUGUGAACUGUUUUUUUUUUUCCAUCGUGUUGGAAAAAAAAAAAAAAAUUAACCAUCAAACUACGUAAUGCUUUGAAUUGAUAGAAAGAUAAAAUGACUCUGUCUCUGCUGCCGUGUAAACUAAUGAGACUGAACAGUGAAGACUGGAGGAGGCCACCAUUUGACGUCAGUGUUGUUUCUUUGAAGUGAGGCCCGUUGCUGUGCUUUAGCUACACAUGAUGCCCGGUCACACCACCAACAGGAUGAAAGUCAGAAAGAACAUGAUACCUUAUCAGUGCCAUUUUUUUUUCAGGGUUUUAAAUGUAGAUUUGAGGGAGGGGGGUGGGGGGUUGUUGAAGAUUGUAUUUGAAGCUUGUACCACUCUGUACUUUAGAGGCACUGGCCCAGGUGCAGCAUACAGUCAGGAGAGGAUGCAUAGAUAUACUUUCAUUUUAAUGUUGACGUAUCUCUAGUCAAUUUUUUUAAACUUCUAUGUGAAAUCAAAGGACCUAAGGUUGAAAUACUCAUUUCAGCUUACUGUUUCAAAAUCUUUGACUCUUGAGUCAGUGGCUAAGAUGUGACAGAGGUAAUGAUGUUUUACUCUGCUGUCAGUUGAAGUGGGUUUAACCAGAAUAGCAGUGCUGCUCUGUGAGCGCCUGAUGCUAAUCUCUGUGGCCUCUGGGUUAAAACUCUGGUUUUGUGCACAGUUUUAUUUUAUUUUUUUUAAUGAAUGGUUAUUACAGACAUUUUUCGCAGACAAACCGAUCACCCUGUUCUGUUUCGCAGAUUAUACUGACAUUUACUGUAAACUUUACAUAGCAUUACAGAACAUAGUAACUGACCAAAUCUGCUUCAUCAGGGCUGUGUGGUUUGAUCAGACUCUGAUUCAGAUGUUGCAGAAGUGAUGCACAAAACUUUGUUUCUGCCCACUUCAAAACCAGUGAGAGGAGUCACAGAAAAAAAAGGAAAUCUGACGUGAAAUAACCAAAACUGUUCAAACUCUGGCACAAAAUAGUGUUUUCAUAUAGGAAGCUAUCACUUUUAGUAAGAAGCUGACUGAGAAAAUAAGUUUCCAGAGCCUGUUAAAUGUCAAGAGUUUAGAGUAACACAUAUUAUCAUGCAAUUUCUGUCCCACUGAGAAAGAUGUGAGAUAUCUUACCUUUUAUAAUCAAAAAGCAUUUAUGAGGCCAGUAGCACUGUUCUGUCCUUUUAACAGAUUUGAAUAGGAAUGCCUCCUCAUCUGAGAAUUGCUGCUACUGGGCAAGAAAAAGCAAAAGGUAUGAAUGUUGUCUCAUCCACUCCUAUUCCCACUCUAUGUUUCUGCAGCUGCACCAUUGAGGGUUAAACAAGCCAAAAAAUGUAAGCACUAAAAAUGGUGGUGGUGAUAACAACAGUGGUGGUUAAAUUGACUGUGAGCACAGUGGUGGUUAUGCUGAUUGUACUGGUUUAUGGGGAUGGUGGUUAAAAUGAUAGAAGUGAUGGUGAUAGUUGAGUUAUGGAGGUUUUAGGUUCAAGGCCUUUGACACCCUGUUCUGUUUUUUUUUCUGUUUCAUUUGUCAGUGCAGAUGAAACAUCUGGUACAAACUUUGACAUUCACUUUAAAAAAAAACAACAACAAAAAACUAGCAUCUUGCUUUUUUUUUCCACGCUGGGAAUGGGUGUUCUGGAUUCACUGAGAAAUAUUACGAAACGGUCACUUUGUAAAGUUUGUACAAAAAAAAAAUAUUGCUUUUGCCUGUUUUUGUGAUAUUUUCCAUUUCUCAUGAAUAAUAAUGCAACAUUUUUACUACUAGGCAAGUUUGGUUGAAGCUGUGAAUAAUCAUUGAGCCACUUUGCUUUAGUUCUGGUUAUGAGCAUUCUGUCGAAUCUUUAAUGAUGCCACCAACUCAGUGCCAUUUGACUCGUCAGAGGAGUGGAACCGUCAGAGGUGAAGAAUAAAAAAAUAAAAAAUAAAAAAUAGAAAAGAGGAUUGAGUGUAGUUACCUGCUGUCACUCCCGGGAGCUGUUUUGGUUGCCAGUUAAACAUCCUGGAUUUUCAGCUCCAGCCUCAAAUGAUUUCCACAGUAGAAGUUUGAUAAUAUUUUGCCGUGUCUCUGCCACAUAAUUACUAUGAAAGGAAAUGCCUUCUGUGCAAUGGCUGCAAUGCAAUAUUAUUUAAAGUUAGCUCUGAGGUUACAGCUGGCUUUGACAGUUACGCCCCUGCUGGUUGACUUUUAUUUUUAAAGCUUCUAGAGUUCAGUGGGUGCAAAAGUGUUUUUUUGGGGGGGGUGGGGAGUUUUAGUGGAGGACUCUUACUGUGAAAGGCUUUGGGAGUUCUCUAGUGCGGGCACUCUUAUUGUGAAGUUUCCUGAGUUUAAAGCUGGGGAAAAUUAUUCUGGUAACACACGUACAGUGUAGCAAUAGUUGUUUUAAGUCACUCGCAUUAGGAUCAGAUUUAGUUUCUGUUGGUGUUUUACAGUUUUUGCCUGUUCAGGACUCGCUUACCCUUUAUGCUUUUUACUGUAGAAGUGCCCACAUGUAAAAAAAAAAAAAAAGAAAAAAGAAAAAAAUGCCUUUU